GUGGAAGGAAUGGUCACUGGAAUUUUUGGACUCUUCGAGAGUGUUUUUGCCUUGUCUGAGAUUGAUUCGUCCCCUGAGCACUUGGAGGGGGUCGGACAUGGAAGUGUGCUGACAGCUGGUGUGGACAGUGCAGCGGCUUCUUCGAUGGAAUCCCAGCCUUUGGGUGCCAGUCCGAAGAAGAAGAGGAGUGAAGGGACUGAUGGUGCACGAGCUGGCAAUCUUGGGCUGCCCGUGAAAGUCUCGAAGUUGGUGGACAUCUUGACGAUGGACCACAAAUCCAGAGUGAAUGUGGAAGGGUUCAUGCUGGAGCAGCAACUGGCCAAGCAGGACACUCUCACCCAGGCAUCAGUGGGAUUGGGAGAUGAAGAGUUUGUGAAAGUCAGCCUGUCGUAUAUGGACGUGGUGGUGGUCACAAAGACUCCGAAGCCAGUGGUGAAGCUUCAGGGCACCCGGCAGACAAGUGUGAAGGUGACGGGCAAGGGUCCGUGUCGUGUGGCCCCCGAUCCGGCCUACAUCAUCAAGUCAUUCAAGGACAUGGGGCAGCCAGAGAUUCAAGCGACAUUGCAGGGGAUUUUCACCGCCAUUGACGAUCCAAUUGAAACCAGAGCUGGGGCAAAGAUGCGGCCAUGCGUGCUCACAGGCGAUGACAAUCGCAGUGUGCGAAUCAUGGUGCACGGUGGCAUGGCCGAGGACCCAGACGUGGAAAUUGGCCAGCGUGUGACAGUCUUCUACGCGAAGAGCCAAGAAGGAUUGCAGCCAAAUCAGAGCGGGUUUUACUGGGUGUACGAUGACUCUUGGCUGCUCUUUCAUGGCAAGGCAUUGAGGAGCCCAGGCACCGGCCACAUCGAGGAGAUUGGCGAGAUGGCCGACGAUGAGCUUGGCAGAAAGCGUCCAGAUUCGACUGUAGCUGCAGGGGUGAAAGCGGACGGGAUUGGGCCACAGGAUUAUUUGAGGGAUCGGAUGCGACGGAAUAGGUAUGCACGGCCAAUGCUGCAUGUCCUGCGCCUAUGGAGGAGGUCUGCUUGCAAGUUGGACAAAAAGCAACCUGCAUCUGGAGUGCGAAGCAGUGGCAAAGGGGUUGCAAGUAGCCUGUGGUAUGGUAUGUUCAAGAUGCAUGGAAUUUGGUUGCGUAGGCUGUUGAAUAUGAUUUCCGCGACAGCAAAUCUGUUGAGUUCCGUGGAGGCGGCCAUGGGGCCUGAGACAGAGGUGCGCAUGGGUUUCAACGAUGCUGCUGCUGUCCCAGCGGCGUCGGUUGGUGAUGCACCGAGGGUGUCGCAGGAACGUGUGUUGCAUCAGUGCACGAUCGGCAUGUUGCAGUCGUCCGGGCGCUUGAGCCGGAAGGACGCGCGCGAGUUG